AUGAUUGCACGUGGACUAUUGAGAGGAAAUGCUGGCAGGCUAGCUUGCUUGAGAGCUCUUCACAGGAGCAGUGCUUUAUCAAAAGCUCAAACUUUCGCGAUGCCUGCAAUGUCCCCUACCAUGGAGAAGGGCGGGAUCGUCGAGUGGAAGUUUAAGGUAGGCGACCCAUUUUCAGCUGGCGAUGUUUUACUAGAAGUGGAAACAGAUAAAGCCCAAAUCGAUGUUGAGGCUCAGGACGAUGGUAAACUGGCAAAAAUCGUGGUGGAUAACGGUGCAAAAGACAUCAACGUCGGUGAGGUGAUUGCUUACCUGGCAGAGCCUGAGGAUGACCUAGCUACUCUCGAGCUGCCACAACCUGAGAAGAGUACGGGCAAAUCCAAAGCAGAAACAAAAUCUGCAGCUAAACCAAGCGCCACCGCCAAGACCUCGCCUGCGUCAAUUUCGCAAGAGAACAAGCCAGAACCCAAGAAGAAUGCCCCAUCAAAGAGCUCGUCUGAUUCAAAAAGUAGCACUGGCGUUGCAGUCAAGGCUAACCCUUCUCAGACUCUUCUUCCUUCCGUGCAAAUGUUGUUGCACGUUAACAACAUAUCUGCGGAAGACGCACUAAACAACAUUCCAGCUUCUGGACCCAACGGUCGGAUCCUCAAAGGUGACGUUCUGUCAUAUCUGGGCAAGGUGUCCCAGGAAUCUGUUACAAAGCUGGCGGAGUAUAUUGAGAAGGGCUCUGCAUUGGACCUAACCAACAUUGAAUUGAAAGAGCCAGAGCCUGCUCCUAAAGCCAAAGAAGAAGUCGCAAAGAAAGAACCAGUCGUGCUUUCUGAGCAAUUGCAUCUGAAGGUUGCGUCGGGCGUCACGUAUGAGCAGCUGGCCAGAUCCCUUGAGUCUUACGUCAAGGAGGCAAAGUAUCUAGCUCACGAACAGCCUACCACCAACCCAUAUUCCGAGCACUUUGAUGCGGUAUUUGAAGAACUGAUAACUCCCGAGCCAAGAGCGCCUAGAUUUGAAGUCUCGUACGAUCUCAUUUCCCUGGGGAGCAGCGGCAUAAGCGCCAAGCAACAGGACGAUAUAUUUGAUCUGCUGGCAGGCACAAAACCCUCUCCUGCGGCAAGCGAGGUCGAAACCGCGCAACCAAAUGAGUUUCUAGUGAGCGUAAGGGUUCAGGUUAGUGACAAAUUCACUGACGCCCCAACCAAGGCGGAAAGAUUCGUUCAAUAUCUAAGAGAUUUAGAGAGUUCUGCUGAACUUUAA